AUGCAUAUAAAACAGGAGAAUUGGUCUUGAAGGAAAUUAAUUUAAGAUGGAAGAGUUGUACAUAGAUGGCACAUUGAUGAGCCUGAGCGUGUUGCUUGUGGUGGGGUAUCACCUGCAUCUGUGGCAAUGCUUGAAGAAGAAACCUGAGAAAACGAGCAGGGGAAUCCAGUGGGAGGGAAGGAGAGCGUGGGUGGAGCGGGCGCUGCAGGUGGAGGGCGGUAGCAUGCAGGUGGUGCAGAGCUUGAGAAACAAUCUCAUGAUCAUAAUCCUCAGAGCGUCCAUAUCAAUCACCCUGAGCUCCUCCGUGGCAGCCCUCACCAACAACGCUUACAAAUCCAAAAUUGGAUUCCUUGGAUCAAGUGAUCAAUCCAUAAUUAGUUGGCUGUUUGCUGUGAAAUACGCGGCCGCCUUUGUGGUGUCAGUUUCCAGCUUCCUUUGCAGCUCUUUCGGGGUGGGCUUUCUGGUUGACACCUGCCUGUUGCUCACAACUCCAACUCCAACCACCCAUAUACUCAGACUGCUGGACACAGGGUUUGCCUUUGCUUUUGUAGGCAAUCGCUUGAUGUGGUUCAGUUUUGUCAUCUUGUUAUGGUCCCUUGGUCCUAUUCCCGUCGCCCUCUCUUCCUUCGCAUUGGUUUGGGGGUUUUCUCUUGUGGAUUUUGUUACCAAAUCAACUACCUAUUCCUGUUCUUAUUGAUCUCAAUGUAUAUAUAGCAUUUCGUACUACUUCCAUAAUUUGAUUCUGAUCGCUCCAUCAUCACAUCAUAUUCUAAAUACUCCCAUCUUGGAAUCACCAUCAAAUCAAAACAACUGUGUUCUUUGUUUCCAUUAUUGUUCUAGUUUUGAUGAAUUCAACAAUCACCACAAAAUUUUAUCAAUCAAAUCAACCCUCUUUGGUUUCUAUUCGAGUCUAGAUAAGACAAGUCAAAUAAAUGGUUCUCUUUUGAUAGGUUUUUGUUAAGGAUAUGGUUUAGAACUAUAGAUAUGAAAAUCACAUGGAGAAAAGUGAACAAUGUUAUCACACCUGAAACACUAAUGGUAAAAAUAUGCUUAAAUGGAUUAGUCACUUGUCUUUUGUUUUUUAAAAUUACGUAAAUUAUCUUUUUUUCUUUUCUUCUUAAACAGUUAUAAUUAGUCGGAUCAAACAAUAUAAAAAAAAUUGAUAUCAAUUAUAGUAUUUUUAGACUCUUUU